AUGGAUUCUCCCACUUUCACCCAGAACACUAAACUCCACCCCACUGUCGCCCAGCCAGUCGAACAGAUCCCCGCGCCUCCCACCAGCAAGGCUGGCAUGCAGCCUUACGACUGUCCUCACCGCACCAUGUGCAUGUGCGAGUGGUGCGGCGGAUGCCGACGCCCGAUUCAUCACUGGGACACCAACCGGUGCAAGGAGUGCCACCACAGCUGCCCCGAUUAA